CACUUAUUGGACGAUUAGAUUCUUACUCUGAUCCAGCAGUGCAACAAAUAUUAGCACUUCGUUUCACAAUGCUUAAAGGCAAAGGCAAAAGCAAUUCAUCUAGGAAUUCGACUCAAGACCCCGAAGCAACAGCUCGUGAAAGCUCGCACCGACCCCGUGGCAGAGUCGGUCAAUUUCUGAAGAAAGUUAAGGGCGGUGUAAACAAGUUAAGGAUAUCGCGCUCGAAGGAUUCCACCAGCCGCAGCCCUGUUCCCCCAAAUAUCAAUGAUGAGCGUAUUUCAUCGACCUUGGUUCAGACUACUCCGUCUGUUGUGGAGGCUGAUACUCAAUCGGCACUUCAGGACACUCAAGAGGCUGUACAGCACAUGCAUUCACUUUCGGGACCUGCGUACAACCGUGGUUUACUCUUGCCCAAGACGCACAAGAGGAUCUCGAUGCCGCUGACAAUUUCCAGGACACAUAUCUCAAGCCCCUUAGGAUAUUCGAUACUGUUAUCCGAGAGCUCGCGGAUGUACAUCCAUAUGCGAAGAUGGCACUGGGCGUGUUGUCUUGUGCAGCGAAAGUACGUUUUCAUUUUCUCUCUUCCUAUCUCCCACCCCUCAGCAAUCAUCAUCAUUUGUGUAGAUUAUUCUAACUCAAGCGAAUCGCGAUGCAGCGGUACUCACUCUUCUCAAAAAGUUGUGUGAAGUUUACAGUUUCAUAACACAAGACGAGAUGCUUGGCAAAAUCUCCUCGAUGCGCG